GGCUUGGCAGACCCCAUGCCACCUUCAGAUCCCAAAUGGUGCCUGUGUCACUUGGCGAGCCUGUCAAGGGGACUGCGCUUUCUUCUUCAGCUGCUUAGAUGAUUGUGCUGGGUGAUGCCCUGCCCUGAUCCUUCAUGCAUCUUCAAGGCUGAUGGCCAAACGCCCGUGGAUUCAGUAGUCGCAGAUGCCCAAGUUUGCGACGUUCGACCAGUACUGACGGCGACUCAUCUUUUGGGACCCUUCGUGGCUGAAGCACUCGACCAUGUCGACGACACCGACCACCAACUCGAUUGGAUGCAAUGUCUCGUCGCCAGUCUUUGUCGCCCCGUCGUCAUCAGACAACUUCCACCCAGGCGACGAGUUGAAGAUCACAUGGGCCGUUCAGUCAAACUAUUCGACCAGCUUCGCGUGUUCAUUAAGCCUACGGAGUUUGAGGUUGCCUCUUUCAUCGCCACUCUUGAGCAAUGCUUCAGUACCAACAUACCCGUCAACACUAACCUACUACAACACUCAAAUAUCCUACACCGACCCCGGGAUAUCCUGUGGCUCCCGCACCGUCGCUGUAACAUGGAAGCUCCCCACCGACUACAAUGUCCCUAGCGACCCAAACUUCAUCAUCACAGCCUACUCCUACGGCACCAUAAAUGGCGAUCACUUCUCUGACACCUUCAACAGCGACGUCUUCCGCAUUGUCAGUCCAAUAUCCGUACCCACCAACGCCACGCCGAGCGAAUCCACAGCCCCAUCCACGGGCGGUCUACAACAGGGAGCAAUUAUCAGCAUUGCAGUCGGCGGAGCCCUAGCAGCAAUAUCAAUUGGCAUAAUAUCCUGGUUCUUGUGUCGACGGAAACGGAACAAGUCCAAUAACAGCAGUAGCGGUAGAAAGGACGCAAAGAAGAUCCCCACACUCAACAAACCCGCGCCAUCGGCGAAGGACAGUAAUUCCAGCUCGACGACACUCGACGUGGCGGCAGAGAUGGGAACAAUUCAUACCGGCACACGAAGCGAGGCGGGCGGGACAGAGUUGUUCGAAUUACCUGGUUCACCACCCACGGCGGCACCGGCGACACCGCCUGCGCCGAAGGUAUAUUAUGAGCUCGGGAAUGGGGAUGAGGCAUGGGAAAUGUCGGGAGAUAUGCCGGACUGGGACUACUCUCUGCACCAGCAACAACACCAAGGAGGAGACGGGUUGGCGACUCUGCCGCCGCGACAUAGGAGUGUUAGUCCGGCGCUCGUGUCGCCGAUGACAGAGGAGCCUGGGAGUCCUGGCGGUUUCCAUAUAGCGCAGUGUGUCAAUCGACAGAGCAUCCGGCAGUCGAGUAGUCGGACGACGAGUAAGGCAAGGAUUGUCAGUGUGAGGAGUAUGACGAGUGUGAUUGAGAUGAGUUAUCCGAGGAGUCCAGGGAUAGGGAGUGAGAGGAGUGGGGUGACAUCGCCGAGGCAUCAAAUGUAAUCAUACCUUGCGUAGAGGACAACAAGUUGUACAUAAAGGGGGUCAUACUGAAAACAUGCUGAG